CAGCACACGUCCCUAUCUUCCUCGUCUGUGCUGUCUUUAUUUUUCCACCCCUCAUCCUUCUUUCACAAUGCUGCUUGUCUUUUAACCCAAGCCCGAUCGCUCAUUAAUGUCUCAUUUUCCACAAGCAAACAAGACACACUGAGCUGUUGUUAUUUGUCUGGCGAGGCUGGCUCUCAUGUGUCAGUGCACGGUUUGGAUUGACCGCCUCAAAGUAGGUUCACAUGCGGGGCUUUUGUUUCUGGAACUGGGAGAACAAGUCCAACCACGCUGGUCUCUCAGAGGUCUCAUAAUGCACAAUAAGAUGAACAGGUGAGGAGGGGAAGAGGGAGGAAAGUAGGGGGGUGUAGGGUGAGCAGGAAAGUACCAGGAUUCUCUCCAGAGAGUUGAGAUCAACUGUACAGGGAAACUUUGUGAUUUCCCCCAGUUUCUUUUAUCAAACAAGCUGGUAAAUCCCCCGUGAUCCUGCUUUCUCCAGUGAAAAUGUUCUCACACGUAGCUUAGAAUCAGCCUCGACCUCUACUAAGAUUUGUUCAAAGUCAUCCUGUUGUGGCCUUCAGGUCAGUGGUUAAGAGCCGGCAGCUCCCUCCCAUCCACACACCUCCCGCCUGUCAUCACAGUCUGUGAAACAGGAAGUGGUGUGGUAUGAUAAUCAGUAGCCUGAGCAUGAGAGGAGCAGAGAGAGAGAGAAUGGGAUCAGGUUCAGAGAAGUGAAAUCUCAGGUGAACAAACAGAACACCUUACUCCCCCACAGAGCCCUGUAACCAAUGGCAACUUCAAUCCAGACUCUUCCUCUGACCCGUGGCCCCAACAAAAACUUCCGCAACCCUUUCACGGCCCCGCCCCUCUCCUCCCGUUGUGGCAUGGGAAGUGUUGGCAGCCUGGUGGAGAGGCCAGAUGUGUCUCCAUCUAAAGGCAGCCGUGCAGCUGUGCCCCAGGUGAGACCUAAACACACCAGCGGCCUCCUGAAGAAAGGCUUUACCCAGAGAGAGCUACUCAACUACCUCAACAUCACCAGAAAGGAGCCUAAAGCAAACCCAGGCAGUGAUGGCCAGAAGGAUGUUGCCUCUGGUCUGAGCUCCGUCAGCGGCCAUGAAGAGGACAACAUGUACACUAAGGUCUACCAUAAAGACGGCACAGAGGUUGACCUGACAAAGAACUCACUGCCAAGUGGGGGCAAGUAUGAAAAGGCUCGAUUCAGAUCGUCCGCCUUUAAACCCGUCACGCCCAAAAACUUCAGCUCUAUGCAGAACCUCUAUCCUUCUUCCAAGUCGGAGGAUGUGGACCAUGGUCUUUCCAACGGGCUGCACAGAGCAUAUGCCCAUGUCCCCAAAGCUGUCUCCACCUCCUCUUCUUCUUCCUCGCCCUCUCGUCAUGGAGCACAGACAUCCAGUGGUAACAAGGCUCCCUCCUCGAUGCGUGGGAUGAGCCAGGAGGAUGAUAACCUGUCAGACUCGGGUCACAACUCCAUGAGCAGCCUGCCGCCGUACCGUCCUCCAUUCCGCCCACACCUGGCUCACAUCAGUGCAUCGAUGGGCCACAUCAACACCAUAGGCUCUCUGGAUCGUACCUCACUGGGUCAGAAGGCUAUAGGGUCAGAGGGUGUGGCUAUAGGGGAAAUGGCGUGUCGGAGCAUGGCAACCCUGAGUCGUCUGACUCCAUAUGGAGGGGAGGCUCCACCUCCUUAUGAAUGGACACUCUCUCUGUCUGUAGAGGAAGUGGUGCGUGAUCUGGAGGAGCGUCUGGUGGAGAAAGAGCAUGAGCUAAAACAGAUGAAGAGAAACCUGGAUGAGAGCGAGGGCGCUAUCGUUCAGGUCUUUGAAGGGAAACAGCGUCUGUGGGAGCAAGAGGUGGAGGAGCUAAAGCGCCUGUAUGCAGCCAAGCUGCGCCAGGUUUCCCAGCAUGCCCAGCGUUCCCAGCGCAGCCUGCAGUUGCAGUUGUUCAAGGCCCAGCAGGAGAAGAAUCGCCUGCAGGAGGAGCUCGACGGCCUGAAGAAGGAGACGAGUCAGGAGGAUGGAGCGACAGCAAAGCGAACCAGCCCAACGCUGGAGGAGACGCAGUGGGAGGUUUGCCAAAAGUCGGGGGAGAUUUCCCUGCUGAAGCAGCAGCUGAGAGACUCCCAGGCCGAAGUGACCCAGAAGCUGAGUGAGAUCUUCCAGCUGAAGACGCAGCUCAGGGAGACUCGCAUGGAGCUGCGCAGCAGGGAGAACCAGAUAGAUGCACUGAAGCUCGUCAUGCAAGGGACGCAGCGUCACAGAUCUCCGUCUCAGAGCGCACGAGAGGACGGAAAAGGAGCUGAGGAGAUUACAUCCACUGGGGCAACAGGAGGGUGUGCGGGGCCCACAGAGGAGCGGCUGCGUGCAGAGCUGCUGCUGGAGCGGCGCCAGAGCGAGGCCCAGGCCAUGGCCUUUGAGGAGGAGAGGCACACAUGGCAGACAGAAAAGGACAAGGUCAUCCGCUACCAGAAGGAGCUGCAGGCCAGCUACUUAGAGAUGUACCGCCGCAAUGAAUUGUUGGAGAGGGAACUGCACCAGCUGAACGCAGGCAGAGAGCGAGGAGCAGGAGGUGGUGGAGGAGGAGGUGGUGGUGGUGGAGGGAGCAGAAAUGGGACUUUGGAAAGAGAAGUGCCAGAGUUGAGGAGUGAGAGAGCUGGUGAAAAACAAGAGGACAGACCUUCCUCUGGUCUGCCGUGGAUAGAGAGGAUCGAAUCAUCUGAAAUUUGAAUGUUUGUCCAACUUGUUUGCAAUGCAAACUAUUUUCUCCUGACGUUUGGCAGCUAUGGAAGACGGCGUCUGCAAGGAAAACUUUACUGAGUCAAAUUGAGAAAAGUAACCCUUUGAUUGUGUCAUGCACAGUCAAAGUUUCAAAUGAUGUUAUUGUAAAUCACAUUGUACUUGCAGAGAAACGAGUAUGUGAUGCCAAAUACAAGUUUACCGCCCGCUAAAAGAAAAUGAUUGAUGGUAAUAAACAUUGAUAAAUAACAAAGGAAUAAACAGUACUGUGAAUUUACAUUUGUUGUUUUUACAAUGCCAUAAGUCACAUAGAGUUUAAUUAUGUCUUAAUUGGAACACAUCCAGAAAAUACUUAGUGUGACUUCCUCUCACUCUAGAACAAUAGCA